AAACUCUUAUGGUGAUCUCCAUGUAAACAAAUAAGAAAGUACUACUAGUAGUAGGCCUAGUCAAACUAAUGCUAUCAGGAAAUGGCCACAUAAUACACCCAUGUAAAAUAUGAAAAUGUUUUGACGAUCUGUACUAACGAUAGAUCUACACCCUUGCUACACCCACAAUACAUGACUUCCGUCGUUCGGAGCUGAGUUGAGAGGAUUGCCAGAGCCCAGAGUAUGCAGCCGAUCCAAUCAACGGCAAGGCCGCGGUCCCGCAUGUUUAUACUGGUUAUAAACUAAAGAAUGGAAAGGUCCGCCAACAAACAUGCCAGCAACACAAGAAACAAUGGCACAAACAUCACUUUGCAGACAUGCUAUCUUCUUGGGAAAUCUGAAUAAUGAUUUACCUAAGCUUCAAAUUGCAUCUCUGAUUGUGCAACUGACUCGUCAGUGCACUGGAUUAAACCUGGACACCAGAGAUGUCAAGGUACGGUUUUCCCACCCAAGUGAUUGCUUCACUGCCACUGUCAAACUGCAAACACCAGCUGAGCAACAGAAAGCCCUUGCAGAUCUAGCUAAAUGCCAACAACUACCGGAUGGACUUAUCAAAAUGGGUAGAACGUUAAGGGUUGACAUGUUUCAAAAGAACCCCCAUCGUAGGAAAGGUGGCAAGGUAUUUGUUGAGGAUGAACAACCCAACCAUGAAUUCUUUUUUGAAAAAGGACAACAUCUUGGGUCUGAGACACGGAUUCUGGAGUUUAAGGAAAUGUCCUAUCUCAACAUUCAAUAUCUGAAGCAGAUUGUUGCAAGAUAUGUCUGUGCAUUCCUUAACAGUUCAGGUGGGACCCUGAUGUUUGGAGUUGAUGAUAAAGGCAAUGUCCAAGGUACCCCAAUGUCACACAAGCAAGAAGACGAUGUCAGACUUGCUAUUGACCAAAUUAUCAAAAAGUUUGAUCCGCCUGUUUUGCCUCAGAUGUACAACAUUUCAUUCAUACCAGUUCAUGACCCGACCAAUGGAGUGAACAACAGAACUUCAGGUGAUGAGAAUGUCUUAAAGGUUAUUAAACUCAAUAUUGAUUCUGGAAGAGCUAACACACUGUAUGCUACACCAGUGGGUGAUGUUUUCAUUCGUCGUGAUGGGAGUGUCCAAGGCCCUCUCAAACCAAGAGAAAUACAGGAAUGGUGCAAUAUGAAUUUUGACAACAAGGAGAAAGCCUAUCAAGAUGAAAUAGCUCAGCUUCAGCAUCAGCUCCGACAAGCAGAAUACGAUCGUCAGACCAGGAGUGAUUUAUCUCUCAAGAAAACCAAGUCUGCUGUAUGCAAUAUACUAUGAAAAUGGACUCACAAAUAUGUCUUUCAAUACCUGUGCAAUAUAUAUAUCUUUUUUCUAAUUGGUCAUUUCCUAUAGAAAUAUUUCCUGUAUUUUC